GCUCGAGAGAGGAAACGCCAAAUUUGUUUUUGCUCGCGGCGGGGAAGGGGGCAGAUCUCGGCCUAAGGGAGGCACCGAGAGUCGUUCAUAUUUUGGUGGGACAAGGAGAGCGAGUGUGUGCGUGUGCCCGCUUGUGUGUAUAUGAGCGAGGAGCGGGCAUCGGGCGGCGGGGAUGGCCGAGAAGCGGAGGGGCUCGCCGUGCAGCAUGCUAAGCCUUAAGGCGCACGCCUUUUCCGUGGAGGCACUGAUCGGCGAGAAGCAGCAACAGCUUCAGAAGAAGCGGCGAAAGCUGGGCGCGGAAGAGGUGGCGGGGGCCUUAGAUGACGGAGGCUGCAGCCGCGGCGGCGGCGCUGGCGAAAAGGGCUCCUCUUCGGGAGACCAAGGCACUGCGCUCCCGCCACCGGCUGGGACGGCAUCCGGGCCCACCCGGAGCUGCGCAGACCUGGAGCGGAGCUGCGGCUCCCGGGGAGCCGCGGGCGGCUGUGAGGACGGCUUCCUGCAGGGAGCUUCCCCGCUGGCGUCCCCGGGAGGCUCCCCGAAGGGAUCCCCGGCGCCCGCCCUGGCCCGGUCCGGGACCCCGCUGCCCUCGCCGCAGGCCCCGCGGGUGGAUCUGCAGGGAGCUGAGCUCUGGAAGCGCUUUCACGAGAUUGGCACAGAGAUGAUCAUCACCAAGGCGGGCAGGCGCAUGUUUCCAGCAAUGAGAGUGAAGAUUUCUGGAUUAGAUCCUCACCAACAAUAUUACAUUGCCAUGGAUAUUGUGCCAGUGGACAACAAAAGAUACAGGUAUGUUUACCACAGCUCUAAAUGGAUGGUGGCAGGUAACGCGGACUCCCCUGUGCCACCCCGGGUGUACAUUCAUCCAGACUCGCCUGCCUCGGGGGAGACAUGGAUGAGACAAGUGAUCAGUUUUGACAAGCUGAAACUUACCAACAACGAGUUGGACGACCAAGGCCAUAUUAUUCUUCAUUCUAUGCACAAAUACCAACCGCGAGUCCAUGUCAUCCGUAAAGAUUGCGGCGAUGACCUUUCUCCCAUCAAGCCUGUUCCAUCUGGGGAGGGAGUGAAGGCGUUCUCCUUUCCAGAAACUGUUUUCACCACUGUCACCGCCUAUCAGAAUCAGCAGAUUACUCGCCUGAAGAUAGAUAGGAAUCCCUUUGCCAAAGGCUUCCGAGACUCGGGGCGUAACAGAAUGGGUUUGGAAGCCCUUGUGGAGUCAUAUGCUUUCUGGAGACCUUCACUACGGACCCUCACCUUUGAAGAUAUUCCUGGAAUUCCCAAGCAAGGAAAUACAAGUUCCUCCACCUUACUCCAAGGUUCUGGGAACGGUGUUCCGGCCACCCACCCUCAUCUUUUGUCCGGCUCCCCUUGCUCCUCUCCUGCCUUCCACCUGGGACCCAACACCAGCCAGCUGUGCAGCCUGGCCCCGGCCGACUACUCCGCCUGUGCGCGUUCCAGCCUCACCCUCAACCGAUACAGCACGUCCUUGGCGGAGACCUACAACAGGCUCACCAAUCAGACCGGCGAGACCUUCGCGCCGCCCAGGACUCCCUCCUACGUGGGCGUGAGCAGCAGCGCCUCGGUGAACAUGUCCAUGGGCGGCGCAGACGGGGACACCUUCAGCUGCCCCCCGACGAGCUUGUCCAUGCAGAUUUCGGGGAUGUCCCCCCAGCUCCAGUACAUCAUGCCUUCACCGUCCAGCAACGCCUUUGCUGCUAACCAGACCCACCAGGGUUCCUAUAACACGUUCAGGUUACACAGCCCCUGUGCCUUGUACGGAUAUAACUUCUCCACAUCCCCCAAACUGGCUGCCAGUCCUGAGAAAAUUGUUUCUUCCCAAGGAAGUUUCUUGGGGUCCUCGCCGAGUGGGACCAUGACGGAUCGGCAGAUGCUGCCCCCCGUGGAAGGAGUGCACCUGCUUAGCAGUGGGGGUCAGCAGAGUUUCUUUGACUCUAGGACCCUGGGAAGCUUAACUCUGUCAUCAUCUCAAGUGUCUGCACAUAUGGUCUGAUGAAGCCUUGAAGUUAAACUACAUUCUAACGUAUUUUCUUUCCUCGUUUUCUUUUUCUUUUUGGAAAGCAAUAUGAAAAGAAACUUAUCAGUAGCUUGUAAAGUGUACAUAUAAUAGAAAAUGAAGGCUCACUGAGUUUUUGACUUUCUCGUGGUGAGAUUGUAACGAUCUAUGGUAUAUAUCUACACUGUGUAUGGCAUGUGGAGUUUUGCAGCCUACAAAACCACAUCCUCCCUCUCUUUUUCCCCUAGUUCCUCCAGUUGCAGAGUAUUGGCGUAAAUGGUGUACGUUUAACCAAAGUUCUCAAGCUUUUAAAAAAAAAACAAACAGCAAACUUAAAACUUGGCCAUGAUACUAACCAGACUAAGACUUAUAACUUAAUUGAUCAGGAAAAUGCUCUACCCAGUUUCCGACUUGAAGGUUGAUAUCCAGCAGUACCGAGCACACGAGAGCCUUGUGAUUUCUGUUAUUCUUGGGCACAGUGUGAGAACCUAAAAUGUAGAAGCCGGUUGAAGUCUUAGUGUUAGUUCUGAGGUAUUUGUAGUCAUGAAGGAUUAGCUUUCGUGUUCCUGUUUGCUCUUACUUAUCACAGAUAUUAUGGGACUUGGUUCUGUAAAAAUUUAUAACCCAUAAUAAUUACUUUCUAAAGGAAGAUGGAGAGGCUUGUGAUUUUUUUUCACUUUCCUUUGGGCUUAGAAGAGAUAUUUAUUCAUCUGCAGAGAACAGAUUUCCAGUAUUUUGGAUUUUUUUGCUCAUUUUAUUUAGUUAUCAAGUAGACUGUUAAAGAAUGUUCUAUAAACAUUUUAAAAUUCUGAUCUUCACCAGGGUAGGAAUAUGUGAUAGGAGUGGAAUGGCAAAAAGAAAAUAAAUGCACCUCAAAUUCUUUGAUUCCUUCAAGAAAUGUCUGUCUUUCUAAAUCAAGAGGAGAAAUAUUGUCAGCUAUCUCUUAGGUUUUUAUAGUGCAGUUUUUCAUUCAGGAUUUUUUUCCCCCAUAUUGCUUUGAGAUUCCUGACCCUUGGUCUACAAGUAAGGAAAGGCAUCCACGCUACUUAUUUAUGUCUCGUAACUCCUACAAAUUGAAACCUUCCCCGCCUCCUGAACCUUGUCCCUCUGUCUGAGUCUUUCCCCAAAUAGACAGAUUCUAGGCUUUCGCGGUGUUAAAUAACACUGUAAGGAAUUUCAGGGGGUUAUCGCCGGCAAUCUGUCUUUCGGGGGUUGCUGUGCAAAGGCCAAAGCCCAUUACUAUAAAAGCCCACUUGGAGGAUGAAGGAGGAAGAUACUAAUUAUGAUAAAGGAGCUAUACAACUUUUAACCUCAACAUCGUUUGUAACCUCGAAACUGAGAGAAAAAAUGCCAACAGCAAUAUUUUAAAAAAUUAGUUUUUGAAAUAAGGUAUACACAAUUUCAAAACAAGUGGUAACUUUGAUCGUACAUCAUGGGAUGAGCAGGAAAGGCUAUGAAAGCAUGGUGAAGAGCAUUACCAUAUUGACUGGUGAGAAACUAAAAUUAUGUGUCUGUCCAUGGACUCAUUACGUUUCAUGUAUUUGCCAAGUGAAGGCAGUGUGGUUUCCUUUUAGUGCUAAACAGCAUUCCUUUAACCCAUCCCUCAGUUACAUGGGGAAAGGGUAUAGCUCCUGAUUCACUUCUUUAUUUUAAGACAGCCUGGCUGUUACAUAUUUAGGGGGAUUGCUAUUUGAACAGUAUUUGCCCAGGAUGUGACUCUGCAUAUAAACACUGAUGGACUCCUCAUGGAUUCUGUAACAGUUCAUCAAAUUCGUAUUGAUAUUUAAAUUUAAAAUUAGCAUGAAGGGACAUGACAUAUUUCCAAUAGGGAGGUCUAUAUAAGAUGUUUGUGUAUGGGAUUAAUAGCUUACAAAGAUUUGGCCGAAGUCCUCAUGAGUACGUCUCAGCCUUAGUGCUUAGUACUGUUUGAAGAGAACAAGCAAGUUUCCCAUCUUGAGAAAACAUGGAAAGUAAUGAUCUCUACCUAUAUGUAUGAAUAAGAUGAGAAUUUUUCUUUUUGCUCUUUGUGAUUUGAGAUGGCACCACAAUACGAGUAGAAUUUUUAAUUAAUCUCUUCUUUUUGAUUUAGCAGUAUUGUACAAAUGCUGUUUCCUUUAGAUUUUACUGUAAAUAUUAAUCAUCAUGUCACUUCAAAGACUAGCCUUUUAUUGUUAUAUUAAAUGACAUACAUGCAUUGAUAAUUAUAAUUAUAUAUCUGUAUUUUAUUAAAAAUGCUUAAGAAAUUAUAUAUUAAAGUGUGUUACUAAACCUU